CUCUCUCUCUCUCUCUCCCUUUCCCUCCCCUUCCCUUCUCUCUCAUCUUUCUCUAUCCAUCUCUCCUCCCUUUCUCUCUCUUUCUCUUCUUAUUCCUCCACUCUCAUCCAUCCAUCCAUCAACAUCAUCUCUCUCUUCCUUGCUCAGACCAGGUUGCCUGAAAUAUUCAAAAAUGCCUUCUGAAUCUCUCUCCAUCCAUCUAUCCUCCCUUUCUUUCUUCUCCUACUCUUUCACUCUCAUCUAUCUAUCUAUCUAUCUAUCUAUCUAUCUAUCUAUCUAUCUAUCUAUCUAUCAUAUCUCUUUCUCUCUCUUCCUUGCUCAGACCAAGUUGCCUGAAAUAUUCAAAAAUGCCUUCUGAAUCUCUCUCUCUCUCCAUCCAUCUAUCCUUCCUUUCUCUCUUUCUCUUCCCACUCCUUCACACUCAUCUAUAUCUAUCUAUCUAUCUAUCUAUCUAUCUAUCUAUCUAUCUAUCUAUCUAUCUAUCUAUCUAUCUAUCUAUCCUCCCUUUCUCUCUCUCUUUCUCUUCCUAUUCCUCCACUCUCAUCUACCUACCUACCUACCCACCUCCCUCUCUUGUCUCUCCCUCCCUCUUUCUCUCUAUCCCUCUAUUUAUUGAUCUCAUUUCUAAACUGCCCCUCAGAGAAAUGCAUGAAAGGGACCAUUUCUUUAGGAGAGAAAGGGGGAGGCCCCACUGGUCUUACUGGGGCUUUUGCUCUCUGGCUCCUGUGACUCACAGAAAUGGCCUCCCCCGCCCCCCACCUCUGCAGAAGGGGAGCCUGCUGGGAUAGGCAGGCUUGGCCUUCUGCCCUGGGGGUCCGCCAAGAGGGUCUCCUUCCCCAGGGCACAGGGAGGGUCUCCUCUGCACGGCUGGGGAGGGGUGAGAGUAGAGCAGCGUCUACUCGCCCAGCACAAAAGGCUUCUCAUUCCAAGGAUUAAUUAAAAACAACCUUUCAAUUGUGGAUGACCUCGGAGCUCAAUUCUGGCCAGUCACUUCCGCUCAUCCCUGUCUUCUUCCCCAGGUCACAGGGAAGAAUAAAUCGAGGGGAAGAGGGAUGUCCAUCGCUCGGAGCACCUUGGCGAAAGGGUGGGGUCCAUUGGAAGCCAGAAGGAAUCCUUUGCUGAAAUUAGAAGAAUAGUUGAGUAGCCACGGAAGGGCUUGGUCUUCCUGAAGUCAAUGUUGGAAGGCUAUAUCGCAUGGAAGGACUAUAGCACAUGGAAGAAAAAGCUCAUACCAGGACAUCUUUGGUUUCCAGGUUACCAAAAUAUGGAACCAAGCCUGCUGGCAGUACCUUAUCGCCUGUUCCAAAUGGGACGGCUCCUCACCUUUCAGGGAAUGCACAGAUCAUUGACAAAAAUUUCAGCAAGCACAAUGGCACCACUCGUCUGUCUUCCUUUGCUUUUAACUGGAGAAAGUCUAACAAAUUUCCUCUGGGAGAUCGGGUCGGUAAUGAAUAUAACUCCAGUCAGGAUCCCAGUGAACGAGUGACUGGAUUGAAAAGGUGUCCUCAGUCCGAAGGAUCAGUUGGUCAGGAAGAGCUUAGGACCAGUUCAAAGACCGCAUUUUCAAAAACAGCGAAACAAGACAACGUGUUUGUAUCGCCCGCGGAAGAAUUAAAUCAGAAAUGUUUAUCGGGUCUGUCUAAUUCUAAGUACGCCAAAAGUUCUUUGUUAAGCAGGUCUUCCUAUUCUGGAUUUAACACACCAAAACAGCAGUUGAAUGGCAUUUGUGGGAACCAGUCGAUGAUAGGCUUGCAGAGGAUUAGGGGGAACCAUUUUGUCACUCGGAGUAGCUCAGGGGAGAGCCUGGCGAGAGCCACAGACCAUGUUUCACCCGCUUGUGAAAAAAUGGUCCGGUCUCAAAGCUUCUCACAUUCCCUUCAAAGCUCUCUUUUGCCUCCCGCAUCUCUCACCCGAUCCCACUCGUUUAACAGAGCGGUGGAUCUGACAAGGCCUUACCAGAAUCAACACCUAGCUCUUAGACCGUCUCAGAGGUCGAAUCUCCUGUCAAGAAGUGCGCGCCAGUUGGAUGUGCCCAACGGGAACGAACCUCCAAGAUAUGAAUUUCCUAGGUCGUUGGCUGCUUUAGCACCUUCUCAUGUCAAGAAACAGCCCCUCUUAAACGGUUCGGGGGACGCGUCUCCCCUGAGGUUCAGAUCAGGCCGCCCUUCGUUGCUGAAGCCUGUCGGCCACCAUUUGGGUAGAAAGAUCCCCGUGGAUGGCAACGCCGAGAAAGACGUUACUAAUAGUUUAAUGGAAGAUUUGAUUUCUGCGGAUGUUAAAAGAGGUGCUGCGGAUGCAAUAGAAGCUCAGAGCGACGAUUUUGUAGAGAGUAGCUGUAAAAUGUGCACAGAUGGCGAUGUGGAUGAAAUAUCAAUAUCUUCCCUGUCCUCUUCGGAGAAAAAUGACCUUAGCGAAGAUUUUAGCGAUGAUUUUAUAGAUUUAGAAGAUCCCAGCCGAACCAUGCUGAUUCAAGAAGAGAAAGUUCCUGCUGAAAAGCUGGAAGAUAGAAAUGGAAUGCCACCACAUCAGCUACAGCUAUCUUUUCAGGAAAAUGAGAAGUCGAACUACAAUAAUGAGGAAUGGCUGCAUAUACAUGUGUCAGAAGUAGAUGACAAGAGUGAAACUGCCAAACUUCCCACUGGGAACAAUGAAAUUUCUUCGGAAAUGGAUUACAGAGCUGGUUCCUCUUUUGAGCUUUCCCCCUCUGACAGUUCAGAUGGGACCUACAUGUGGGAUGAAGAAGGGCUGGAGCCCAUUGGGAGUGUCCAUCCGUGCGGCAGUUAUGAUUCUUCAGAAAUGAACAGCAUUGAUAUCCUGAACAACCUUGAGUCCUGUGAUCUUGAAGAUGAUGAUCUUAUGCUUGAUGUCGACUUACCUGAGGACACACCCUGUGAUAAUGAGGAAUAUGACAAUAUGAACCGUUAUGAGCGACCGGACAGAAAUAUUCGACAGCAGAAAGCAGAGGGACUCUGGAAGAGGACACCCCAGAGGUGGAAUACUCAGGAUCAUUAUCAUCUUAGUCCCACUGAGCACUAUUCCCACGUCCGAAAUGAUCUGAACAGGGGUUGCAACUAUGUCGAAUCUCCCCCUGUCAGUCAUCUCGAAGGCUAUGGGGCAUCAGGCUUGUAUCCACCACUGAGGAGUUUGCCAGCAAAUACUGUGGUCUUGGAUGAAAUGACCCUUCGGCAUAUGGUUCAAGAGUGCACAGCAGUGAAAACCCAGCUCUUAAAAAUGAAAAGAAUACUCCAUCAGAAUGAUGAAAACAUGUCACUGCACAACAUCACACUCCCAGUGCCAUCAAGUCCAGAAGAGGUGGAACCUGAACCAACAUAUAAGACUGACGAAUUACUGAGUGAGAUCACACGGCUGAAAGAUGAUUUAAAAAAGAAAGACGAGACCAUCCAGGAGCUUGAACAUCGUCUUACUGUUAGGUGUGACUGCCACAAAGGCAGUAAGAUGCCUGAAGUGACCACGGGCGGCUUUGCUGACAAAUUCACCCAGACCACCUGGAGAAGAAAUACGCCUCAAGUACUACAGCCUUCCAGCCACCUUCCCCGUUCCGCAGACCUCAGCCAGGGAAAACUAGCAAAAGCAUCACCCACCGUGGCUCACAGUGAGCCCCCUCCUCAGGACCAACCGGAACACGUUGGCCACAAAGACGACCACGCUGCCCUGGGCUCCGGCACUGACAGCGGACGUGAACCAAGCACUUUAAACACACAGCGGAACGAUGACAACUCCCUGGCGAAUGCACAUUCCAUCAAGAAUGAAACGGUCAGAGAAAAAGCGAAAGACGUCGCUGGUCAGAAAUUGAAUGCCUCGCAGCCCCUUGCCCCCUCGGCCCAGUUGAAUGCGCAGGAUGGGCAGGCCAUGCCAGCUCUAAAAAGUCACAGCUCUAGGCCAAACCAGGCUUUGCCACCAAAGAUGUCAAGAGCUCUCCGAGCCCCAAAGCAGACCGCGCCAGUGCCUCCUCCAGCAAGCUCUUCGAGAGACUCCCUGGUGCCUCCACCGAGCGGCCAAGCACAACCCCACUCAGUGUCUAACCUCUCCCUUCCGAGCAGCAGGACCCAGAGGGCCUCCAAACUUCGCCCUCCGGCCAUUUCCUUCCGCCCCAAGCAGAGGACGACCCCCCAAACCAUCGUAGCUCCUGAGCAGCAGAGAUUUCAGGCUGGCCCCUCGAAGCUCCUGACGCCAGCAAAAGACGCCCCACAGAGCCGAGAUCCGACCCUUCGCCCCGGGGAGGGGGUCCUGACUUUUCACCGUCACUCCCGACUCCCUAAACCAAAGACGUAGCCCGAGUGGGACUCUCCCAUGUCGUUGCCGCGGUCCUGUCCCAUGACGCUGCUUGCCCGCCCUUUUCCUGUCCAGGAGGCUCCGGCGAGAGCCUGGAAGGCACCAAACGAUGCGCAUCAUCAGAUGCUGCUUCUUCUAGUCUCAGUUUUACCCUCUUAAAAAAAAAAAAAAGUGCAUUGCUUCUUCAAGCCUCGAUCUGCACGAGCCUGUGACCUCUCCUGAUGGCGCCGAUGGUCUCCUCUGUCCGGGAAAGUUGCUGAUGGAAAUUGUAUCCUUUAGAUCAGGGGUCUCCAACCUUGGCAACUUUUAAGACUUGUGGACUUCAACUCCCAGAGUUCC